GUGGAUCUGUUAAACAUGCAUAAAAGUGAAUCCAAAAACAAUUCAAACGUUUUUAUUCGGGUAGAUGCCUCUGCACUUUCGAAGACCGAUAGAUCGUCCUCCUCCAAACGCAUAACCUCAAGUAUCGUGCUAGGUAUUGUUGGUGCUGCUACCGUUACUUUGAGUAUCUUUUCAAUUUUAAUGUGGCGGUGGCAUCGGCAGAGACAUUGGCUACGAUCAAUGGAGAGGUGUGCAGAUUCCUCGGACCCUUUUCUAAGAAUGUUUAGUUACAUGGAGUUGAAGAUUGCAACUAGGAAUUUCAGGUAUAAGCUGGGGAGUGGAGGAUUCGGCACGGUGUUCAAAGGAUACCUAAUAGACGGUACGCUGGUCGCCGUAAAGAGAAUGGAGGGUUCCAGACAGGAUGAGAAGCAAUUCCGAGCAGAAAUCAGUUCUCUUGGAAACAUACAGCAUGCGAAUUUGGUCAGGCUUCGAGGGUUUUGCGUACAAGGAUUGAGAAGGUUUCUGAUUUAUGAUUACAUGCCCAACGGCUCUCUCAAUUCCUUACUCUUCACAAAUAAUAUCAAACGCAAGCAGAAGGCACUAGACUGGACGACUCGAUUCCAGAUCGCUUUAGGCACCGCAAGAGGGUUACUUUAUCUCCACGAAGAAUGCAGAAAUUGCAUCAUUCACUGUGAUGUUAAGCCCGAAAAUAUUCUUCUGGACAAUAAUUUUUCACCAAAAUUGGGCGAUUUCGGGUUGGCAAAGCUUGUGGGUAGAGAUUUCAGCCGAGUCCUGACAACAACGAGAGGAACGAGAGGUUAUUUGGCUCCAGAGUGGAUCACCGGUCUUCCCAUCACUCCCAAGGUUGAUGUAUACAGUUUUGGUAUGACGCUCUUGGAAAUCAUUUCCGGUCGGAGAACUCUGGAUUUAACCGUGCAAGAUUCCAAUCAGUAUUACUUUCCAGGGUGGGUUGCAACUCAAAUAUAUAAUGGGAACAUGAUUAAUAUUAUGGAGGAGGGUAUUGCAGAGAAGAGAGAUCUUGAGGAGGUGAGAAGAGCAAGUAUUGUAGGGUUGUUAUGCAUUGAAAAGGAUGAGGAGGUGAGGCCAAGCAUGAGGCAAGUGGUGCUAAUGCUGGAAGGGAAGAUGCAGCCUCAAAUUCCGCAGAUUCAAAGCUCUGCGCUCGUGGACAAGAAAGCAGACGUAAGCGACACUGACAGCAGCAGUAGCGAAAGGUGAUGUUAUUAGAUAGAAUAGUGUAAGCGGGGCACAUCCUGUAGAUAGGUUAUAUUUA